ACUAUUGGGUUGAUCAAAUAGUUAAACAACGGAUUGAGACACGACGGAGGACGAGCAUGAUACUGAAUAUUUCUACCAUAGGAGACGCCAGCACUUAUUCCCCCCCCUCGAAAUGGCACCACCUGAGAUACUCCCGUCUCUAUGGUUCGCGCUCCCGCCGGGCUGGGACCAUUGGGAACCAGCUAUUGUUCUAGUACCAGCAGUGUUUACGCCAAACAUUUGGGCUCCCUCCACCGACUAUAGCCGCGAGGAUGACCAAGUCAUGAUUUACGAUCUGCGAAGUCUCGGACGAGGGUUUCUAUAUCCACUGGCGAUGUACAGCACGGAGCAGAUCGUGCUGAUUCCUGCUAAUAUUCUCUCCGCGAUUAUCACCGACUGGCACCGCUGUCCGGUCUUGAGCAUGCGCCAAACGUCGCGAAACUAUAUAUCACGCAUCUCCCCUCACCUGGUGGCUAAGUAGGGCCCAAAUGUCACCGAGUUCGAGGCGGACAUGAUGUGGUAUAUCCAGGGGAUAGAGGGGCUGAGAGACUGCGUCCCCAAGGUCCACCUGGUCUUCCGCGAUCCCCGCACAAAGUAUAUAUGCUUCAUCAUGGACUACAUUGACGGACCCAACCUCUGCAAGAUCUGGUCUGAUAUUCCCGAGGAUAGCCGGGCUCACAUAUCCUUCCAAAUCUAUUCAUUAAUCAAGCUAAUGCAAGCAAACACCUCCCGGUAUCCCGGCCCCGUAGGAUUGGGCCGCUCCCGGGUGUUUAUGCACCCAACACUCGCUUCCCGCGUCGCUUUUGACAAGCAGCAAUACGAAGCUCAUCUCGGACGCUUAGUUGACAUGGUCAACGCCCAACGAGGACCGGCGGCCGCUCCACUUGUCAAGGUAGAGGUAGAUGAACUCGUUCUGGGGAACAUGCGACUGGAUCCAAGCAGCUUUGUCCGCGACGAGGUGGGCAGGAUCUGGAUAGUAGGUUGGAGUAGGGGUGGCUUUUACGUGCCUGCGGCCGAGCUGGCGAUCAGCAUCUAUCUCACGUCUGAGCGAUUCGACCUGAUCCUAUUCAUGCUCCACAUGGUCUGGGAGGAUAGACGGCAGGAGGUAGAUGCGUUGGUGGCGGUGGCCAGGUACAUCGAUAAAGGCACGUACUGAGCGCCGCCUUCCACGGGGUUGACAAGGAGGGAGCGGAGGCAUGAUC